AUUAGCUCAUGUAUUUCUUAGCUCUGUAUUAUUGCAUCUAGAAAAUAUUGUUUAUUCUAUGACAGAAGCUGGUGCUGUACAAGUUUUUAAAAAUCAACUCAUGUCUCCUGUAAAUGCUUCAGUGUAUCAAACCUUAUAUUGGUAUUAGUACAUAGUAUUGAGUUAUGGUACUACUUUGGGGUGUUUCCAUCAAGCAGACAUUUCAGAUUUUGUGGUUAGGUACCCACAACAACAGCAGCAACAAAUGUUAGUAGCUAUUGAAAAAAAAAAAUCACUCCUUUGCAAGGAAACUGGUUUGGUUUUGUCCAUGAACACUGAGGUAUCUGCAUCUUAUAUGACACAGAUUUCAGACAGAAGUUACAUCUAGCAUAUAACUGUACUGCUUAGUUAUGACUAACAAGCAGUAAGGGUUGAGCUAAAGUUUUCUCUCUUUGUGGGGAAUGUCCUUUAAGAAAAUAAAAUGGGACAAAACAGAUCAAAGAAACAUGUUCAUUUUUAUCCAGUUGGCAAAAUAUUAUCGGCAUCAGUAAUCAUAUUGCAUAAGUGAGGGACUUUGCACUCUGGCCCUGUGCUUCCGUUCCAACACCAAACUACAAUUUUUUGGGGGAAAAAAAUGGAGUUUGUUCUUUACGCCAGAAUUGCCACCAGCUCUUCUUCAUUUUUUCUACAUUUCCCUCAUCUUGCUUUUAUGUUUAUUUUUCAAACAGUGACCCAUGGAUUUCUGAAAUGAAGUCUGCUCCUCGAGAGCCUUUCCAGUUGCUUUGUAUAUUGGUGCUCUUUCUGUGUCCCUUUGCAGAUGUUUGCCCCCAGGAUCCCUGGGGUUUUCACUCUUCUUGUGAGAGAGCUGGGAAGUGUGUCCUAAUUACACCAACUCCAUUAGAAAUCGGAUUUCCAGUUCCAACACCUCCAGAAGCCUGCCAGGAAACAGGGAUUAAUUCAACUGGAUCCUGUGAAUCCUAUUCUGUAGAAUCCUAAACAAAGAAGCUGGGACAUAAUUAAUGAAUCAACACUGAUUCAUGAUUCUGACAAAUUCCUUUCCUUAGAAAAUUUUCAGCCACUUCUAGACUUUGCUUUGUGUAUUGGGUUGGUUUCAUAAGCAUUGCUGAGACUCAUCACAUCUGUGAGUACUCAAGGUGAUUUGCAAAGGAUUAAAACUUGAGGAAAGUUUGUAAAUUAAAAAAUAUAUAAACUACUGUUAGAAAGGAGUGGAAGCCAUCAGUUUUUUCAGUGCUAAAUAUAAGAUUGAUUGUUCUAAUCCUUGAUAUUAUGACAGUGGUAAGAGUGCAGAUAAAUUAUUUUUUCUCCCUCAUCCUUGCUUAAAUACAACCCAAAGCAUUGCCUUAUUUAAAUUCCAAGCAUUCUGUUUGGAGCUAGCUUUUCCUUUUUUUUUUUUUUUCCAGAAAGUAUUUUUUUCUCAAAAUAUGCUUUGUAAAUAAUUAGUUUUAAAUGUAUGCUGAGUUUUGAAGGACCCUCAAAGCAAUGGAAACGCAGAUUUGAACAAUAUUUGAAAACUAAAGUCCUAUAAAUCAAACUUGGUUUAGUCAUCAUCUUUGGGAUUUGACUGAGUAGGAGAUAUUCUUCACCUAUAAAUGUUUUUGCCUUCAUUAAGUUACUAUAAAUGUAAGAAAUUUUCAGAUAGCCAUUUUAACACUGCCCUCACUACAGUUUGGAUUAUAAAGGUUUUUGGGAGGUUCCCCCCCCCCAAGAGAUCUUGUAAUUAUUAAUUACCAAUAAAUUACUAAUUUGUGGUGGAAUAUUCCAUUGGCAAUUUUAAUGUGGUUUCGUAGUCUGAUAACCCUCUAAAAUACAUGUGAGAAUGAACAAUUUCACAUUUCAAAUUUCUAUUUAAAAAUUCCUGCAGCAAACAAGUUUGAAGAAACUUUUAAUGUGGCUGUUUUUAAUCUAUCAAUGAAUAACAACAACUCUGCAAAUAGAUGCUUAUUUGCUGUCAUAUGUGAUAAAAUUCAUAAACAUUAACAGUAGUAAAUUAUUCACCUAAGUAGCAAAAUUCCAGGAUAAUCAGCUGCACAGUCAUAGACUAGGAUUACUGGGUUUUUUGUGGAAAAGGGAAGAUAAAGUCACUUCUUCUGAGGAAGAAGUGUCUUGAUUUCCGUUCAAGAUAUCUCCUAGUUCUCAGUUUCUUGAUGCAAGGAAGGGAAAGGGCAAAGAGCUUGAAAAUAAAAGGCUGAAAAAGAGCAGAUGACUCCUGAGAUGAGAGUACAGAUCCAUAGACAUGAGCAAAGUAACUUUUUUCCAUGAAGAUAAACUGCAGGUCGAAGGUCAGACAAUUCUGUUAAUGACAAUUGUUGGGGAAUACAAAAUCCCCCAAAUUAAUUUAUUUAAAUAAAAGAUAAAUGACUGAAAUCUUGAGAAAAAUGUUGAGAAUUCAAUAGAGUGCCAAGCAAAGUUUUGAUGUUUGAUCAACUAAGCUGAUGAAAUAUUGAAUAUCCUAGGCUGCAUCUGAAAUUUGUGAAGAUGAUGUAUUUUGAAAUGUCACAAAUAGUCCCUCAUUUUUUGUUUCUUCAGCCCAAGGGGUGUAUUGAAGUACACUAUGCUCACAUCCCUACCCACACCACCUUCUUAUUCCUCUGAUGACAGUCAGGAUGUGAUUUGCUCUGAGCCCGGCAUGAGUACACUUUAUAGCUUUGUGUAUAUAAGCUGGUGCUGGAACCAUAGGGAAUAAUCUUACUAUUGAAGAUUUUAUAGUGUUUAAUAGAGAAACUGUUGAAAAUCUGAAUGUGGAAAGCAAUCAAGAUGAAAGUUACCAUGAGACAACAAAGUUCAUGAUUCAAAGGAAAGAAGGAGAUGAAAGAAGCAGAAUAAUAACACAGGACUUCAAAAAAGCAAACUUCAACAAACUCAAGGAAUUGGUACAUGAGGUCCUGGGGGAAGGAGUUGAAAGGCAAAGAAAAAUUCAAGAGAGCUGAGAGUUUCUAAGAAGAGCUCUUUCUAAGAGAGUUUCUAAGGCUCUAUUUUAAGUACAACAACAGUCUAUCCACAUGCAAAGGAAAGAAAACUCAGAGACCUCUGUGGCUGCAUUAGGGGCUCAUCAAUUACCUGAAAAAAAUCAAAAAAGAAUACUGGAAAAAAAAAGUAGAAAUAAGACGGCUGCAUUAUCAAGAACAAAUAUAAAAGAACAGCACAGCAGCUUAGGAACAAAACUGGACAGACAAAAAGUUUUUGUCAGCAAGGGAAAGGCAAAACAAUAAAAAUAGUUUUUAAAAUAUUUUUCUAUUAUACAGCAAGAGCUCUCUGCUUACCAGAAGAGGUGAGUAAGUGCAGAUGGUGCAAAAGCCUGGAGUGCUUGCUGUUCCACUGUCUCUGCUCUAAACAAUGUAUGUCGUGAUCAAAGUUAACCAGGAAUGCAGGUCAGAGGCUAUCAAGCUAAUUAGAUGUAUCAUAACAUUAACUUCUGAUUGCAUCUGUGCUAUAAUAAUAAUAAUAAUCAUGGGGGAAAUUGAAAUUAUCUUGGAAUUACUGUAUUUUUGAUUGAGGAAGAAUGAGUGAGUUCUCAGAGAACCAGAAAAUAAUACUACUUUUAAAAAGUGGGCAAGAGCACAGUAAUGAGUGGAAAGGUGAGGCAAAGAGAAUGACAGAGAAUCAGCCAAACUUUGACACUAGAAGAGUUACUGAAAAAGCUGACUAAAAAUCUGUAAGUGUAGACACUAAUUUAAAAGGCUGACGUGCUUUUGUCCUGUAAGUAAUUUUUAAAUAACCUAAUGGUCAAGGUAACUGUCCCAAGAGAUGAAAACAGCAUGUUGUACAUUGAAGUCAAAUGCCCUUGACAACAGAUCCUCCUGGCCUGAUUAUAUAUUUGGUUGCUCAGAUUCAGAUGAUGGGCCUCUAAGGUGAAUACACAACUGGUUAAUAAAUCAUUUCUCAAAGGGUGAUUACCAUGCUUGUUACAUUGUGAAAGUGAAUGGUGUGGAGUUAGGACUACCCAGAUGUUACGAGUGAAAAGCAGGUGCAGAUCCCUCAGGGACAAGGCACAAAGUAAGUGAAAGCUUUGGCUUUAUCAAAAGUGUAAUAUUCCUACAGUGGGAAUCCUGGACCACCAAUCAAAUGAGGACCCAGUGCAGUGGAGCCUUGCUCAGGAGUGAAGCUUCAGGGAAAGUGCUGUGGGGGUGCUGCUGUCUGAAUUCCAAGAUCUGCAGAUGGCCUUCACCUUGGCACCCAUGCAGAUGGGGGGAAGCAAACUAUUCUGGCUUACAGCACUGAGUUUUUACAUUGGAAAGUUUCAUGUGAAGCACUGGAAGAGAUUACUCAUCUGUAACACAACUGCAGGAUCCACUUUCCUGUGAAUUUUUAAGAAAAAAUGAGAUAAAACUCUAUCAUAAGUGCACAGGCCCCCAUGUUCCUUUGAAGAGAGAGGGACUCAGUAGGGACCUUCAGUAAACUAAAUUGGACACUGAUUCAAAUACUUACCUGCAAUCAAGGAAUGAUAUUGGUUUGGUUAUUAAUUUAAUUAUAUUCCAGUCGCUUCAAUUCUCGGGGUUAUUUGCAUUAUUCCACUGAUACAUACCAAAAAUGUAGGUAAUGCAGGGGGAUGAGUUGCUAGAACUGAUGUCAAAGAUAUUGUAGAGGGGUGCUGAAUUUCCUUUCUAUGCAUAUGCUAAUGCAGUGGAAAAGUGACCUGAUGCUAAAAGCAGCAGCAGAGGGAUUAGAGCCCAAGGCUGCCAUGCACGUCCCUGUGCUGGGUGAGUCGUCUUAGCUGCCAGGAACUGAGUCACCAUCCCGGGAGUACAUGUGGCACUCAGCGACAUGGUUUAGUGGUGGACUUGGGUUAAGGGCUGGACUCGGUGGUCUUACAGGUUUUCUCCAACCUGAAUGAUUCCCUGGUUCUCUCGCUGCUUCAGCUGAACUCCUACUACUUCUCUUCCCUUGUGUAGCAGCUUUCUGGAUGUGAAGUCUCAAUAUAACCAGGAGAUGGCACAAGAGGCCCUCCGCAGCGUUUUAGCUGUUGGUGCCGUACCGGGAGCAAAGAGAGCGUGAAAAACGAUCGGCCGUCCAGAUGUGUGCCCAAAACCUGCCCAUUAGAAACAGGCAAACACAAAAUGGCAGGAGUUUUAAUAUUCCGUUUGUAAAACGAAGAUGUAUUUGCAUUCAGCGUUCAGCUGCUCCCUUUAGUCUUUUAGAGAACACUCACACACAUCGUCAUGGUCUUAAAUCCUAUUUACCUUCUAUCCGUGUGUAAUACACUCAUUUCUGUAAAACCUGGCAAAAGAAUUACACUGCACUAUUUGAAGGAAACGUAGACGUCAUAUUGCAGGUUACAGGGGCAGUGUUAAGCAUCUUAACCUAACUACAUUCCUGUCCUCACCCACGAAGACCAGCUUUUCCCUUAACAGUAAACUAAGGGAAUGUCAGGACAUGUCUGUACUCCCUGUUUGGUACAAGUGAAGGCAGACGUGUAGUGUUAUUUAUGCUCUGUUGCUACAGUUAUAUAUCCUGCCAACGUUAUUCUCUUCUUCAGGCAAUAGUAACAUUUGCAGGAUACUUGAUGGAAGUGACUGGAAUAAAGAAAAUAGGAAGAAGCAGUGUAUAGUGAGGAAUACAGAUGAAUGGGAGAAAUAACUAGAAAUGUGAAAUGAAGAAGAGCUUUGAAGUCAGAAAAAAAAAAAAGAAGAUAAAGAUUGUUUCCAUUUAAUUUGAACAGACUGUUUUUGGAGGAAUACAAAGACCUGAUUUAUUUUAGGUGUAAGUUAGGGGAAGGAAGAGUCAGUAAAACAUUUUCACUGCUGAGAUCAGUGCAUUUCAAAGAAGCAUUGUAUGGCAUAGACCAGGAUGGGCACAGAGCGUGAUACAUGUCCCAGGGCUGCCAGCUGUGACAGCUCAUUCUCCUGCUGACUGACUCAUCAUGUUCAAAUGCUAACUCUAAAAUCAAGGGGGAAAAUUAUUCAUUCUUUAAUAGCUGAAAGUGAAAAGUUACUUUCAAGAAUAAUAAAUGCUUUGGUCAGUAUAAUUUCUUUCAUUUCUUUCUAAAUUUCUUUAGAAAGUAUUUGUGGGAAAUAUGAAUAUAACAGAAAAAUUCUGAUUUAAUGCAUUCUUACUUUUAUAUGUUGCUAAAUGUAACUUUAGAAGUAAUCAUCAUGAAAAAAUAUCUUUCAGCAAAGACUAACAAAGAAAAAAGCCUUGAUGUAAAAUGCAAAGGUGGCCUCUCUGUCAGGUUUUGGGAAAAUUGCAAGGUAUCUAAGUGUGUCUAAUUGUUUUUAAAGUCUAAUUUCUAGUCUAAGCAGAAUUAAACCAACUACAGACUUCGGAGCAGUUUCAUUUGAGCAGCAUCCGUAGAGAUCUCCCUCUGGCAGUAUGAUAGCAAUGAGUGCUGAAGUAGGAUUUACAUUCCUGAAACUUGGAUGGUUUGCCAACUAUAAUAGUUUGUCUAAUAAUAAAUAAAUAAACAAGAGACUCUGUACCUUGCUUCUGUAACAACAGCAGUACAUGUUUUACAUGUCCUGCUUCAUACUGAAUUUGACUUUUUUUUAAUAAGCUUAAAUUUGGGUAAGAAGCCAUUCAAACAAGUAAAUGUGUUUCUUUCUUAAUAUUUGCAGCAUGUCUCUGAAGAAUAUAUAUAUUUUUAAAACAUUUCACUGAUUCUGUUUAGCUGCUGGUGGCAGCCUUGUGUUAAGGAGCCAUGGGAGCUCUUGGCAUUUUGAGUACUGUGUUGAUUUAGAUCAAUUCCAAACAUGAUGAGAUAUUUCAUUUUCAUCUGUGCAUUGUCAAUAUGUUUAUACCAGGCCCUCCUGGUAUUUCUGCACAUAUGGUCUUUAAAUGCCUCAUGGAAAAGUAGCUCUUAUUCUGUCAAAGAUGAAAGAUAAUAAUUGAUAAUUAAGAGACUGGUUGGAGGCCAUUUAUAAUGUUUUAAGUCCUAAGUAGUGAUUACUCAGAAACAGAAUGUUUGGAUAAACACACCAGGGCAAAGACCAUGUAAACUGCAUAGCAGAUGCCAGCAGCCCUGGCUUCCCUGGACAGACCUUCAUGGGAAAUCUGCAUGGCCACAGGUGAACACAUAUCCCCUGUGUGGCAUAAACUGCCUGGUUUUUACUCUGAGUUGCAUCACCACCUGCCUACUCCUAAAAACCACAGAUUCCCUCUGUUCUAGUGUCACAGGACCCUCCAGUGCUAUGGGAAAGGGUCACCUGCUGGUACAAAAUGACAGUCCCAUCCUUUGGUCUUGUGUACCCACUGCAGCAAGGCCAAGUGGUGGCAGAUCUCUCUGGUACCUGUGGGGAGCCCAAGGUAGUUGGCAACCCUCAGCUGCUGUCUCUUCAGUUCCUCCAUAGCUCCAAUAGGGAGGGGAUAUCUCAGCACAAUCCUGCACCUCUGCAGGGCUCUGAGCUGGCUUACUAGGGCAGAGCUGAGCUUUGGGCUGGAAGAUGUGGAGCCACAAUUAAUUCUCAAAGGCUGAGAUAUUAUCCCAAAAUAUUUCUAGUAUCAACUGGCUAGCAGGCAGCCAAGUAGGACUAGGUAGUUCUGCUGAACCUCCUCAACUUGAGACCAGUUUUGUGUGUGUAGAUUUCUGCAAAGCUGAAGGGGAAGGUGCUGCCUCCCCAGAGAAGGCAGCUGUGUAUUCUGCAAACACCUGCAUACAGUAUUGCCAUUAUCUAUGGUAAAUGGAUCUCCAGACUCCUGCUAGUGGUAAUCACGUUGGUAUGUCUGAGCUCUUUGUCUCUGUCCCCCUGUAGCAGCAGAGUAAAAGCUGCUGUCUGUCCCUGCUCUACUCUGACAAAUUUCACUAGCAUGAGCAGGUUUUCAUCCUGUUGGUAAUAUCACUUGAUUUUAAACAUGGUAUUUCUGAAUCACAGUUUAGCAGGAGAUUUUCAAACAAGCAUUUAAUGAAUAAUAGAUAGAAAUAGAAAGAAGACAGCUUAAGAAUUUAGAUAAAAUUAAACUAGCAGCUGUUAAGUAUUGUAGCAUUACAUUCAGAAGUCAUCUGCUACCUAUCCAGGAGACUUAUAAAUUUUAUGUGUAAUGGAAAUGAGAUUUGGUUUAACUUUGUCAGACCAUGAUCAAUUUGUGUCUCUGGGAGCUCAGCAUUUGACGCCAUCUUUCUGCAGUGCCAUUUGCUUCAAUACAAUGCAAUUAAUAAACCAGCAGUGUAUAGAGAUGUAACUUGCAGCUCAGAUGGUAAAAAGUCAGUAAAGGCAGAUGUAUCAAUGGAUGAUAAAACUCGAGAUUUUCUAUUUUCAGAGCUCCAUCAUAGGUCGUGUGUUCUUUUUGUCCUAUCCAACAGCUUGCCAAGUGUCUUUAUUUGUUGACGUAAAGCUGGAAAAAGUAAUGUCAUAGACAUAGACUCUUUUAUAUUUAAAAAAAAAAAUUGUAUAGAGAUAUAUAAGUGUGUAUGUUAUAUAUAAGGAUUUAAGUAGGAUAUAAGUAUAUUACUUAUGCAUAAUAUUCUGUAACGACUAAGAUUGGAAAUAAUUCUGGGCACAUGGGACAAAUUUAUCUCAUGGGGAUGGGAUUUGCCCCAUCUAUGGUGCAGAAUGCUGUUAUAGUGAUCAGAAAUUUUUAAGAAGGAAGCUUGCAGAAAAGUUACACUUUCUUUUUCUGACAUUCAUGAGAAUUAGUUCUUGAGAAUGGCAUUUUGCCUGACUGAGGCUUGGCAGGAUUCUGCAAGCAGGCAGUGGCACUGAUAUUCCCAGUUCUGACUGGAGAGGUUGCUGCCAGGCCACAUGUUAAAUGCAGCUGACUCAAGGGACUUGUCCUUUAGUAAUUCAGUGAAUAGAGCAGAUUCCUGCCUCCUCUCCAUCUCCUGCCUGCUUGGUCUGCUCUGUGAAAUAUGUUGCCAACCGGACUGUCUAAUGCCCAGAAGUUCCAGUAUUUUUAAAUAUAUCCUUAGGUUUGUGGUGGGGGAAGUUUUCACAUUUACCUAAAGAAAAGAAUAGUUAAAAACCUGAAAUAUUCGACAUAGGGUGGGGGAAGGGUGGGGGUGUGUCUUAUAAAACAGAGGAAAUUUAAAAGCAAUCUUGCACAGUUUGGUCUAGUAAACUUUCUGAACUUUCCAUUGUUAAUCAGAAAAUUGGGAAGGAUAAAUGGGUGAGAAUUCAAGUAAUUAGAUAUCAAACAAUUUCAUGUGGUAAAAAGGCCCCACAUAUAUAUGUAGGGGGGUGUGUGGGUGUGUGUCCCACAGGCUUUGUCCAUGCUAGAGCUGUUUGUGGACUUCUUCAGAUAGAUGACAUGUAUGGGAGGCAUUAAUGCUUGAAUGUUUAUUUACACAUUUUUACACCUUCUUCCUCCAGGAAGCUUGUUUAGUGGGCUCAGGCUGCAAUGUCAAUCCCUACCUACACAGGCCAGAAACAAAGGGCUCCAGGAGGGCUCUGGUCAUGUACAGUUGUGGUUCUAAAUUGGUUAUUAGACACCUUUAAAUAAAGGUGACAAUCGUGUUUGUACUCUUGUUUGGUUAGAGACAAACUCUUGAACAGUGUCAUCACUGGUAAAGCAGAGUAGGACUCAGACUAUGCCAUGAGAAUGGACAAUCAAGGAGAGACAGAGCCUAAGAAGGGUUCGCAAGUCAAACUUGAAUAUGGUUCAAUUAAACAAUUUUCUGGUGAACAAAAAACUGUAGGAUUUCCUGAUGAAUGGGUAUAGCAACUGUAUUUGGCAUGGACAAGAGGUUGAAAUGUUUGGUUCAGGAAAAGAUUGACAAAGAGAAUUAUAAUAAAACCUUUUACUGGAUUAAUAUAAAGAAAAAAUAUAUAUCUUUAUAAGAUUAAAAUUGAAUACGUUGGAAGAUUUAGACAUUAAGUAGGAGGGUUUCAGUCUUCAAACUCUGCCUCACUGACAGUAUAAGCAAUAGGUAGAACCAUGGUUACAGUAACUGUUAUCACAGAGAAAGCGAAUGCUGAGAAAUGUAGCCAGAGUGGCAGAGUAACAGGUUGGCCAAGUCACAGGGUAGACGGCAGAGCACUGACUUUGUGUGCAGGUGGUGGGUGCGCAUAAAGCAGCAGGAACAAGGACAGAUAAAUAAGACAUGCAGUCAUGAUUUCUGGAGGCAGACUGAUACCAAGCAGGGGUGUGAUAGGAGUUAUCAAUUCAGUGGAAGUCCCACUUUGUUCUCGCACAGGAGGGGAGGGUGAAAGGCGGAGGGAAUUCAUGGUUACCCUGCAGUGAAGAACUGCCCACAAAGCACCAAGAGCCUUUUGUCAGUAUGCUACAGAGGCUUUACUACAGCAGCCAAGUGUUCCUGUUGCACACAAAACCCAAAGAUGAACAGGAACGUUUCUGAAAGACACACAUAAGGUAGUAAGAGGAAAGAGAGGGAUAGUAAGAUAGCAGAGAAAUCUGGAUGACCUGCGUAGCUGCAAGAGAUCUGGGAGGGAAGAUAUGACAUGAAUUCUGUAACCUCAGCAGAACUCUCAGCAGAAUGUUAAGUCUAAGGCAAUAAUAGAAACCUCUAGAAGCCUAUUGAGUCGUGGAAUCCAAUGACCUUGACAUUUACCUUUUUGUGUUUCACAGCCUUCUUCUCCAAACGCCUCAGCCUGUGCCUGGUGCUUAUAACCUGAUGCUGCAGUCCCGGAGAACCCAGUGAAUGAGUUUCUCUGCUUGCCUGCCUGAGGCUGUCUCGGGACCUCAGUGCUCAGCCCAGAGAGGAGCAGCUUGAGAAAAAAAAGCUUUGAACAGUGGACUUGGUGCUUGAAAACGAGUGGAAAAGCGAACUCCAGGGGAAGGGAGAUCGGAAGCAGCAGCCUCCCCUCUCCCUCCAGCGGCCGGGCAUGUUACGCUCCCCCGGGGGUACAUUCCCCAGCGCCGUUUGAGGCUGCUCAACUCCAUAAAUGCCAUUUGCAUGGGGAUAGGAUGUAACAAGAGCUGUAAAUCACUGACGGCGGAGCGAACUCCUCAGGGGCAGACACGGCGGAGCCAAGCCUCCGCGAGCUAGGGCAAUGUGUGAACGAUAUCUUUUGUUGGGGGGGAGGACUGAUAGCAAUUAGAUGAUACUUAUCUGACCCUUUGAUGUGUACUUACACAAACAACGUUUUCCUCCGGGAGUUGCGGUAUAAAGGAGAGGCCCGUGCUCCCCGACACCCUCCUUCCCGGCAUCUCUGAAGCAAGGCAGGAUGACUAAGGCCCCUUUCUCCGUGGAGUGGUUGUCCCAGAGCAGCCAAGCUCUCAAGAGCCCCACGGAGGGCUCUCCACACCGAGCAUCGUCCGCAGGCUACCGGCUCGGCUCCGGCCCCAGCCUCGGCCAGAGCGAGCGGGGCCAGGAGCAGCCCGCGGGCCCGCGGGACGGGAGAGGCGGCAGGAGCAGGGAGCGCGUGGCGGCCACUCCCGCCGCAGGAGCAGGCUGCAGGCCGUCGGGAGCGGGGCAGCCCGUGCCGGAGGAGGGUCUCGAGUGCCCGGGCCCCGAGGAGCCCUGCGGGCGCGGCGGGCGGCGGCUGCGCACGGCGUUCAGCGCGGAGCAGAUCAGCACCCUGGAGAGCUCCUUCCAGCGGCAGCAGUACCUGGGCGCCGCCGAGCGCCGGCAGCUGGCGGGCCGGAUGCGCCUCUCCGAGGUGCAGAUCAAGACCUGGUUUCAGAACCGCCGGAUGAAGCUCAAGCGGCAGCUGCAGGAGUUGAGGACGGAGCCGUUCUGCAGCCCCGCUCUCCCUUACGCACCUCAGAGCGCUGUGGUGCCCUUGCCGCUCACAUACGUGGCCCGGCCACCACCUCUGCCCCGGCAAGGGGCUGCCUCCGAGGGCUUCCCUUUGGCGGCCCUGCCGGCACCCGCUCUGGACCUCAGCAGCGCCUGCAGAGCACAGCCAGUUGGCUUUUGGGCAGCACCGUGCUUUGUGGGGUACAGGGACCCCAGAGCUUUCUUGCUGGGUGUCUGACCCUCUGAUAUGGACUCUGCCAAGAGGAUUUGCACUACUGAUAGAUAUCUGGGCUGCCCUUGUCUGUAACUGCCUGGUGGAGUUACGAUGCAGCACCGAGCUAAACACGUUGUACAAAGACAUGUUGGACAAUCUGAAUCAUGGACUUCAGGCCCUUGCAUUUAUAGGCAACUGUAAAAUAUAAACGGGGUGGGACAAACAAUAAUAUAAAUUGAAUCUUUUAAUAAACCUAUUUUUUCCA